AAGUGGAGAUAAUCCGUAAUCCCGGUUCCCGGAUAUCCAAAACUCCGCCCCACCAUAUCCAGAGUUCCAGCCCACCUAUCUUCCUCAGACUUUCACACAAUCCACCAAAAUCUCCACAACCCAUCAACAAAAAAAAAAUCAAAUAUAGAUUACAGUUUACAGAAUUAGGACCAUGGAGAUUUCAUCUAUAACUCUCUCCUUCUCGAGGCCCCCACUUGCUCUCCCUUUCUGUUCUUCUUAUUCCACCUUCUUUCAGGGCACAACUCUUUUGUGUACAACCAGCAAGUCUCGCGAUGAUGCUCUGGUUUUAGGUAAAAGCAGAUGUAGAACUCAGAGAACUAGAAAGGGUCUUACUUGCAAUGCUUUGUUUGGUCUCGGAGUGCCUGAGUUGGUUGUGAUUGCUGGAGUGGCUGCUCUGGUUUUUGGGCCCAAGAAGCUGCCUGAAGUUGGGAAGAGCAUUGGGAAGACUGUCAAGAGCUUCCAGCAGGCUGCAAAAGAAUUUGAAUCUGAGCUUAGCAAGGAGCCUGAUUCACUAUCAGAUAGCCCAGGAGAAAAACCUACAGCAGUCAGUGAAGAGAAGAAACAAGACGUUGAAAUCUCAAGCUCAAAGGAGAGUGCAUGAGUCUGUAAAAAUAUGCAGUUGAUACAAUUUUCCCAACUAUCUUAUUUAAUACCCAUGUGUUCAGAUCAAAAUUUCUUUGCUGCAGUGUAGAUUACUGAGAAAGCAAAGCAAAAAUAUGCAAACAACUUACCAAAUAGAAUGAGAUUUUUUCUUUUUAAAUCAAAA